CAAGGGUAGGAGAAAGCAAGAGAAAUUGAGUGAGAACUCUUGUGAGAGAAAAGAAAGAGAGAAAUUGUGAGAAAUCCUUGUGUAGAUUAAGAGAGAGUAUUAGGAAGAAUUUGGGAGCUUAUAUAGAUUGAAGCUAGGGGUUGAGAGCUUCUUAAGUGAGAGAACUUCCAAAUUAUUGUACUUUUUUUCUUAAUAGUGGAUUUAUUUUUCUUUUUUCCGUUAACGUAGACUUGUUGAAAGGUGUACAAGUCGAACCACGUUAAAUUAUUGUCUCCAUUUCUUUAUCACUUUCGUUUGUGUGGGAUUGUGGUGUUCGAAAUUCCCAACCCAAGUGUUCAAGCAACAUUAUUACUUUGAGUGAGUUGACAACACGAGGGUGCAAGUAUGUCGGAAAGCAAGAAUGGUGCAAGGUCUACAAAGGUGGAAGACUUGCCUUGCGUGGGAGGAAGAACAAGCACAACAUCUAUGUGCUUGAGCAACAUCCCGAGAGAAGGCUCAACAAAACCAUGAGGAAGAUGGUGAGGAAGCCCAAAGGGAUCUUGGUAGAUGGCAAGGAAAUUAAUAAGACCAAGAAAAAGAUGAGCUUCAACAAUGAAGUGGUGUUUGGUGAUGGUUUGAGGAGGAGAAAACUCUCAAAAAUAGGACACCAUGAUGAAGUGUUCCUGAGCAGAGGGAGCAAAAUUAUGGAAUUUGUGUCUUGUGCUGAUAUUCUUGCUUUGGCUGCCAGAGAUUCUGUUUCAUUCCAAUAUAAAAGAAAUCUCUGGAAAGUGUAUUCCGGUAGAAGAGAUGGCAUCAUUUCACGAGCUUCUGAAGUCUUGGGCAAUAUUCCUUCUCCUUUCUCCAACUUCACCGUCCUUAAACAAAAUUUUGCUAAAAAAGGCCUCGACGUGGUUGACCUUGUCGUAUUAUCAGGUGGACACACAAUCGGAGUAGGGCACUGCAAUGCCUUUAGCAAAAGGCUCUACAACUUCACUGGAAAAGGCGAUCAAGACCCUUCAUUGGAUCCGACCUACGCUGCUUUCCUCAAGACUCAAUGCAAGAGCCUAAGCGACAACACCACGUUCGUCGCAAUGGACCCCGGUAGCGCUCUGAACUUCGACAAUCACUACUAUGUCACCCUGAAGCAACACAAGGGUCUGUUUCAGUCCGAUGCAGCGCUUCUUACUAACGAGGACGCUCGCAACAUCGUUCAAGAGUUCCUCAUUUCAUCAACGUUCUUUGGGCAGUUUGCGGAGUCGAUGGUGAAGAUGGGAGACAUUGAAGUUCUCACGGGCGAGCAAGGGCAGAUCAGGAAGCGUUGUGCUUUUGUCAACUCCUAAGUAAUUAUUAAGGACUAAAGUUGUUGAUUUUAUUUAUGUUAUUGUAUUUGUCAUAAUAAACUUGAUGAUCCAUUUAUGGAUCGAUCUAAUUAAGAUUAAUUUGUGAU